AUGCAUUUCCUUACACUUUCACAUUGCGACCAUGGACAAGUGGAUUAUCAAAAGACAAUUAGAAUAGAAUCUCUGGGUCAUGUGGAUUGGGAUAAACCUUUUUGUAUGUUGAAACCAAAAUUAGGGGAGAUGUUAACAUUGCCAAGUUAUGAUAUAAUUGGAAAUCCUGAAUUUAAACAAGAAGAAGAUCUUGAAUCAUAUCUGGAUGUCAAAUCGUUUAUGAAACAAAAAUAUAAAAAAUUGAAUAAUUUAGUUAGAAAGAAAAUUGAUUUAAAAUUAGAAAGAAAGACCAAUGGGAAAAGUCUAGAAUAUACUGGUAAGAAUAAAUAUUAUCAUAAUCAAGAUUUAUUAUCGCGAGAUCCUCAAAGUUCAUUAGAAUGGGAAUCAAGAAAUCUUGUAUGUUAUAAAAUGGCAAGAAGGAAGAAAUAUGCCAAAAGAAGAAUCUCAUUUUAUAUGCCACAUACAUUUGUUGGUGGAUUAUUUGAAUGCUAUGUACCUCCAAAUAUUAAGAAACAAAUAUUUCAAGAAUUCACAUCUCUGGAUUUAUUAGCCCAUCUGUUUGAUUUUAAAUGUGAUCCACAAUUAUCAAGACCAAUAUUCCCAUUAAUUGCAGAAGAUUCAACUUCUCAAUGGUUUGAAAAUAAGCUUUAUAAUAUUUUCAAUCCAGGAAUAGUUCAAACAAUUCCUUAUCUAACAACUCUGACUCCAUUAAAUCUUCGGUUUUCUAGUUUGGAGACUUCAGAUAUGUAUAAAGAUAGUUGGGCCACUAAAAUUGAAGUAAAUGAAGAUUAUGUUUAUACAGAAGCUGAUAUUCAUUUAGUUUCCCAAGCAGUGGCAAAACUGGCAGAUUUGUUGAAUAAAUUAAUAUCACCCAUUGAUUUCAAUGGAGUUGUGAAGUCUUACAAUAAAGCAAAUGAGAGAGAAAAUCCAGAAUCUAGUCCCAAAUUUCCAGAGGAAUUUGAUUCCAUCUUAAAGACCCUUCCAUUUGAAGAAAAACUUAACUUUUGGUUUUCGUAUCUUGAUGAUAAACUAACGAAAAAGUAUUUAAGUGAGAUUGAAAAGUUAUGGGAUAAGCUUGUAUAG